AUGGACAUGGACGAGUUCGAUGCCGCCAGGGCCGAGCUCGAUCUUCUGCGCGGUGGCCUUCCUCAACUCGUCAAGAUCGGCCUGGGCGACAGCUCUUCUGUCACUGGGGAGAAGCGCAAGCUCGAGCACGCCCUUGACGACGCCGAGGAAUCCUUGCGCCGCACCACAGUCAAGAACGUCGAAAACUUCAUUCGGACGUUCGGCUACUGUCCCAUCUGCCCACCUGAGGCCUUCGGCUUCCUCGCCUGGCAGCGGACCCGUGACGGACAGUCACUCACUCCGUCCACCUUCACCACGGGUACUUUCGUCAAAGGCCGCAAGGUGUACGCCAGCCAGCACAUCAAGGAGCAACAUCCCGCCGGGCUUCAGAUGAUGCUGGAGGGACGCGGCGUCGUGGCUCGGAGCGGAGGCUCUCUUCCAGUCCUAACCUCGGAGGACAGGAAGAAAAUCCGUCAGUUCACAGCGCAGGCUCUGGAAACUCGUCCUGUCACAGGCAGCAUUUCUCUCUCGGCCCUUGCAGCCUACAAGGUCGAGUACAAUACAUUCGUCGACUCUUGGUUCAGCACAGGCCCAAAGUGCAAGCCGGUAAGUGUGCGUCAUUCCCGCGCCUCCCACGCCUGCCGCCUUUCAUUUGUCCCCGACUGGGGUGACCUCGAGCUAACCCCACAGGCGGCGAAGCCCUCGGCGCCCUACCCCGAGAGCGGGCCUAGCGGCAAAGGCAAGGAGAAGGAGACCGACGCAAUGUUCAGCACAGACGUCGACCAAGCGCUUUCGGCGGCCGUGGGCUCUUCAGGCAACCGUGGCUUCAUCGAUGUCGACCAUCCCGCCACCGCAUCCAGCAGUGGCGCGGGGAACCCGACACCUGGGCCGCCGCCUGCCGCCCCUCCCAUCAUGAGUGCCACCACUCCCGUUGUCGGAUACAACGGCGAGCACAGCAGUGCGCACGGCACGUUCGGCACGCCAGCGCAGCAAUUCGGCGCUGCCGGCAUGUUCGACCCAAACAAGCUCGAUCCUUACGGCGACCUUGCCCCGCCUAUCUUCAUGAACCAGCUCUACCAAUGCGCGUCGUUCGUCCAGAACGAGCGGUUGUACGUGCUUCAGCGCCUGCAAGAGCUGCGAGCGCAGGGAAGAAGCCCGCCCACUGAGGUGCUCGAGCAAAGGUACCCCUGGCUCUACGACGAUCUCAGGGGUACGCAGCUCGAGCCUCCUUCGUGGGCGCUCUUCCGCUCCCUGCACUGCUACCUAGAUGAUGAGCGCGGUCUGCUCGUCGCUGCCCAGGAAGGCGUCCCCGUCGGCGGUGGUAGCAGUAGCGUGGGCACCACCCAGCCCACGCUCGAUGCUACCGCCGGCCAGACGGCUUCCUCUGGUGGUGGUGGUGGCACAAGCGCUGGCCCUAAUGCAGCUCCCCUCUCUUCGGCCCAGCAGUCGGGUGAGGCAAGCCAGGCAAGUGCGUCGGCAUCUCGGGACUCGCCAGUUGCCUCAACAUCUCAGCAAGCUGGCACGAAGACGUCUACCCAGGCAUCUACCAUCACAGCCUUCUUCAAGCCGAAGCCCAAGUAG